GGUAAGUCGAUAUCAAGGUCAAUGUAUAUAUUCACCGGCUGGGAUGGAUACCUAUCGAGGCGUGUGUAUGUACAGACACAGACAUAUUCUAUGCACGAAUAUAUAAUAUGAAUGGUCGUGAAUUGUCCAGUUCAAUUGAAUGCAGCAAUGAGACAACGACAGGUAAAAGAAAUAUCACCCAUUGCCUCGUAUCUGUAUCUGGUACCACCGUCUACGAAAGGAAUCACUGUUUUCAGGGUCUUGGUCCGUGGAUCAUCGGCAAUUAUUUAGCCGCCUCCCUCCACCUUUACCUGCCUGUAAACAAAUCCACAAUCCACACCCAGCGCUUUCUACCACCCACCUCUACCUCUACCUCUGCCUCUGCCUCUGCCUCUGCCUCAAAAAAGCUAUCACAAGCCGACGACAGUCCCUCUUACUACUGUUUGCUGCCAGUUUGGACGGACUGAUACACACGCCCGUCCCGUCCUUUCAUUUCAACUUCAGCAUCGCCUGGAUACCAAAAAUAGACUUCCUUAUCUGCUGAACAGUACCAAUAUUGCAGGAUAGGUUGCGCACGCAUUUCCACAUACAGCCCACCUCGAGAUUGAUUAGGUCCUGGUCAAUUUAAACAAACAGGGUAGCUGGGCCAACACAGGAUCUUUUCCACUUCCUUUCGCUAUCACAACCAAAACUUCAGAAGUCUUCGCAAAUUCCAAGCCCCAAUCUUCGAAUGGGAUACUCUGUGUAACCAAUAAAUCAUUGUCCGCCACCAGGUUCAACAAUCCAGUUCGUGGUUUCGUCUUGCAAAACACCAGAAACCUUUCCACAUACGUUUUGGGAUUUGCAACGGAAUCUGGUCUGAACCGCCCCGUCAAACAUGGUGAAGGCAGAUUUCGAUCGGGAUUACUAUGCUGAUCUCGAGAUCGAGCCAAGUGCUUCGAUAAAUGAGAUUAAGAAACAAUUUAGGAAACUUGCUCUCGUGUACCAUCCAGAUCGAAAUUUAGGAAAGGAAAGCGACAUUACUGCCAAAUUUCAAGCCAUUCAAUCCGCACACGAGGUUCUUACAGAUCCGUCGGAGCGACAAAGAUACGACGAUGCUCGAUCGAGGUUUAGAUAUACAUCAGCUUCAGCUUUCAGAUCUACGAAAGGAAACCCUUAUUCAAAUUAUGGCUCCGAAUUCCCUCGUCCGCCCAAACCGCCGCCGUAUCGACCUAAUAGAAAUCCUCCCCCACAAUCUGCUGGUGCUGCGAGAUAUUCGACUUUCACAACACCGAAACAAUCCCCCAGCGCGGCGGCACAAGAAGGAGCCGAGGCGAGGAAAAGUACGUUCAAUGCAUGGGAGAGCAUGAAGGGUCACCAGAAGACACCAUCAUCCGGUUACAGAACUGGUUCAGGCCCGACAUGGAAUACACCAAAAGCAGCACCCAAGGAGUACACUCCUCAGCCAAGUCGAGAAGAGAGCAGCUUUAGAGGCUUUAAUGCACCUCCAAGAGCCAAGUCAGGCUUUGAAGACUUCACGUCUGACCCUCCACGCAAACCAAGUAAUCCUCCACCUACACCGAAAAGAAAUGGUUUCAUGCCUAGCAACCCAGGAGCGGAUGAGCCGUCUGCAGGUAAGGGCAAUUACUCUACUUCUCGUGUCAAUAGAAGCAUGCCGCCACCACCGCCACCAAGAGAUUCUCCAUCAUUCGAGCGGGAACGUGAGAAGGAGGAUGUUCCACCAGAUGCUCCACCAGUCAAUCACAAUACCCGUCCAUCGGCAAAGACGAAUGAUCCUUUGCGACAAUUCAGGGCUGAAGAAGAGUCGCCAUACGAGCCUCGUAUCAGUACACCAUAUGCCAAUGCUGGAGGGGAGAAGUUUGAUCCAUUUGACGCAGCCAACAUAGCAAGGUCCAAGAGUACUAGAGAGAACGUUGUUGAACCAAAAAGUCGAAAGCCUGUCCCACGUGCGGGAUCUGAUCCAAAUUUACCCUCCCCACGUCCAAAUGUUACUCCAAAGAGCAGCCCUCCCAAGACGACACAUUCAUUUGCAUCUUCCCCUGAUUCGUCGGAUUCAGGUAAUGGUCCAGAGAUCAAUCCCCAGAAACCACGGGUAUUUGCCAAGCCUAGGAAACCUGCGCCAGCUCAAGAACAAAAACAGGCCGAAGAACAAAAACAGGCUCAAGAACAGAAACAGGCUCAAGAACAAAAAUGGGCUCAAGAACAGAAACAGGCUCAAGAACAAAAACAGGCUCAAGAACAAAAACAGCCAGAUAUUGCUCCGCCAGGAACAUCAAAUCAAAAUGAAAUUCCAGCCCAGGAAGAGCCUAAACAACAACCUUCAAUGUAUGAUACAUCUUCUAAGUACCCCGCUUCUGACUCCAAGGAGCCGCUCCAUCAUGUCAAGCAUGCAUCAUUCCCUGGAACCCCUUCGCGUCCACCCCUUUUCAACUCCAAAAGCAUGCAGGAUGCAUACAAAGAAAAGUACCCUGGUUCUUUUACUACUCCAAGAGAGCGUCCUACUGCAUCACCUCUUAGUGGAGGUUCUCCUCGUCCUUCAGAAGGGUCUCAACCUGGAAAUAAGGACAGAUUGCAUCGCAACAGCGAUGGGUUUGCCAACAAACUGAAUUCUUUUGAGGCUGCUCAACAUAAUCUUGUCGACCGAUUGGUAACCAACAAGGAACGGGCUCAGAAUUCUCGUCAAAAUGGUCAUGUAAAGCCUACCAAGAGUGUCAACCACCAGGCCCACAAUGAUAAGGCCACAUAUUCGUUCAAAUCUACGCCAGCUGAGACUAGUAGCUUUUCCAAGAGGCCAUGUUUUGUCACUAAAUCUCAAUCUGCAUUUUCAGUUGGCGAUUCACGUUUAAAUUCAUUGUUGUUGGAUAAGUUAAAUGCCCAUGCUAAUAGUAAUUCUCAUGAUAGCUUCUCUAUGAAACUGGAUGAUGAAACAUUCUCUCCAACACGGCCAAAGAUCAAUACCACAUUUUCAUCCGAAGAGUGGCAUGGAAAGUUUGAAGCUGGGGGUGAUUAUUUUGUACCAGAACGUAAGAGUACUCAGAUCCCAGUUUCCUCCCAUGUCCGUGCUCAGUCAGCAAGUCGUCCAAGAGGUCGAUCUCCUGUUAAAAGCCGCUCCGCGGAUUCGAAACCCUUUCCGGCAUCAAGAGUCAAUUCAGAUACACCAAUCGAAUCCCCUGGUGGUACUAAGUUUUCUCCAGAGGAUUGGGCAGAGAAAUUUAAGCCUCAAACAUUCGCUCCUCCGUCAAUCCCGUCGCCUACUAAACCUUCUCUUCCUACACGAAUUGCUUCUCGGAAACUAAGAGUGCCAAUCGCUAAACCCACCGUUGGUUCUGCUGCGGUAGUUAUCGAAGAUGACAGCGCAGAUGACAAGCCGCUCUUUACUGGCAGAAAUCCUAAACCCCCAAAGCCCCCGGCUAGUCCAGAUGCAAUGGAUGUCGAUUCUCCUCCCCCAGCUACACCAGCUCCACCACCACAAGCUCCACCACCACAAGCUCCAUCUCCACAAGCUGUACCGCCACAAGCUGUACCGCCACAAGGUGCACCGCCAGCAGCCCAGUCAACACAGGCUUCGCCGCCAAAGGCUAAUGUUGGACUGAAGAUUAACACCGACCAACUCAAGAGAUCUGCAGCCCCAUCACAAUCUCCAAUUGACGCAGAAGGCCUGGGAGUCGAAUUUCAUGACAUGAACAUUCAAGAUCUUCUUUCUUCCCUUAAUUUGCCAAAGCCACCCACUGUCCCAAAAUAUACUCACGAAUCGAGCACGUCAUUGUCGCAAGGUAUAUAUUUAUCGGCAUUUACAGCUUAUAUGGGUGACUGGGAUGUUUUUGCCAAGCGAAUGUUGCUACAUCUCCUCGCACGCAAGAAUCAAAACGAUGGGCUAGGAUCAAAUCGUUGGGAAAAUCCUCAAGGUCUUGAUAUCUACAGACGUGGUCUCAAGGAGGAUGGAGCAGUUAUGAGUCACUGGGUUGCGGCGAUGGCAAUUCAUGAUCAAGCUAUGAAAGAAUUUGCUAUUCACAAGGAGCGUUUCAACAUAGCUGAGGGUCAAGAGAGGGAGAGGCCAAGAAAGAAGACACACUAAUUUUAGUUCGCGAGCACUUGUUUAAUAGUAUUACUAUUCUGGUGAUAGUACACUCCGACUUUCUGUUAUUUGCUGAGUAUUAUUUUUCUAGAGAUGCAUUAGGAAAAAUGACGUGGAUGUGAUGGAGGAGGUUCAAUAGAUAAAAUAAAAAAAUGUGAUGGGAGAGGAUUCUGGUGAUUAAAUGGAAUGGGUGCAUUGGUUGGUGGACAUGAUUUGGAACAAAUAAAAGGAAUUCAAUUGGUAGCAUGGUCUGGAAGUUUUGGUUCUGGUUCGAUUUCAUUAUUCACGUUGGUUUUAUUAAUUUGAUUGAUUGGCUUUUGAAUGGCUUCGUUUCCAGAUACCCCUUGGGAUAAGGAUGGAUGAAUGGAUUGGCAUACAUAUUAGGGUUAUAUUUUUCAUCAAGGUGCUCGAUGGGGCGAGAAGAAAGAUAUGAUACGCACAGUCCAGGAUGUUUCAUGGAAUGGAUGAAUGAUUGGGAUGAAUGAAUGAAAUGAGAAUAUUGCAUACAAACAGGCAUACAUACAUAUGAGACACGCCUUGGAACAAAUAAUCUUGUAAAUUUAGUUGUUUACCUCUUUUUUAAGAUUUUUUCUUUUGGAGUUCUUGUGGUGAUUUUGGUUGUGGUGAGUGUAUGAGUAUGUAGGUGAGUGUGUGGAUUGAUGUGGUGACGCUCGCUUGAUAGCUUGAGGUGAUGAUAGUAUGAUAUUACUGUGGAAAUGUUGAUGGUUUUUGCAUCGCGAAGAAAGACUGGUUGAUGUAGCUGAGUGUAGAGUUUAUUAUCACAGUGAAGCGUGGGGUUGUAAUGUACCGGUGUGUAUCUGGGAUUUGAAUCAUAGAAAGGAGAGAGGGUGAGAGGGAAUGGAGAGGGUGUUGUGUGUGUGUGUUUGUGUGAGAUCUUAUUGUGAGUGGGGAGUUGGAGAAUGGAGAAAGGGGAAUGAGAAAGGGGAAUGAGAAAGGGAAAUGAGAAAGGGGGGAAAGGGAGGGGAAAGAGGGGGAAAAGGAGGGGAAAUGGAAAGGGAAAGGGAUGGGGAAGAAGAUUGGGUGGUGAUGGAUGUGGGAGGUAUAUAGUCUUCUUUUGGGUUUGAGAUGGUAGGGGAAGGAGAGGUGGGAGAGGUGGAAGGAUUUGUACUAAUAGAAUAGUGUGAUGGUGUGGUGUAGAUUGUAGAUUGUAGAUGAUGAAUUAUAAAUUAUGGAAAGUAGAACUAGAUUUAUAGAUAAAACUAGAAAAAUAACAGAUCACGCA